CUUGUCUCUGUAUCGGUACUAAUACGGAUUUACCGUCUAUACAACGAUCAAGUGGAUGACAUGGGUAUAAAGUUGUUAUUAACUUUAAAUCCAGCAUUUACCGUAUGAGUGUACAAUGACAGCAAACAUCGAAGUAAACGUCCAUUUAGUACGUUGUCGACCGCGAACAGGGGCGUGUAAUGUUGACGUCAUUAUCAGAAAUUACCACACGCGAGGUAUUUUGCUGCACGACUGACGCUCUGUGAUGUGAUUUUGGUUUAUCGCUUAUGAUACGGAUGUACAUGUACAUGGGAUAUUCGGCGUGGUAACACGAUGGCUGACAUGAGGAUUGUGCUUAUCUGGAUUGGAUCCAUGUUGGUAUUGCACAGUGAGUCAAGUCGCGAACCAAGCAACCAGAAUCGGUUACUGAAGGAAUUACUGGAUAACUACGGGUACACCACGGUGCGACCCGUCUACAACUUGUCCCAUCCCACCACGGUAGAAUUAAGACUGACAAUCGUUCAAGUCAUAGAACUGAACGAACGGCACCAAACGAUUGAGAUAGGCGCUUGGUUAACGCAGAGAUGGACUGAUGAGUAUAUGAGAUGGGAGCCGGCGGAUUAUGGUGGAGUGGAUCACCUGUACGUGCACAAAUCGCUGAUAUGGCUGCCAGAUGUAACCAUGUACAAAAAUGUCGACCGCGACUUCGAAAGCUACAAGGACAUCUCCGCGAAGGUGAGUCAUACCGGCUUGGUCAACUGGGCCACCCCUGUCAUCCUCAAAUGCACCUGUACGAUCGACGCCCGCCUGUUCCCCUUCGACACCCAGGUCUGCCAGAUUCGCUUCUCCUCCUGGGCGUUGGACUCGCGCGAACUGAAUCUCACCGAGAUCAAGGAGGAUUCCCGCAAGAAUUUCUACACCGACGUCGGGGUAUGGGAGCUCCUGGAUGUGGUUGUCGAGCGAGAGGAAGUGUCGUACGAUGACGGUACGACUUACGUGGACCUGUCGCACUUCAUCCAUCUCCGGCGCAGACCGCUCUACCACCUCCUUCAGAUCAUCCUGCCCUGUCUGCUGCUGUCACUCCUGAACCUCAUGGUGUUUAUCCUGCCCCCCCAGUCCGGGGAGAAGAUAUCACUGGGUGUGACCAACCUCCUGUCGUUGAUUCUGUUCCAGCAGUUGAUCAGCGGUAACCUGCCGCCGACCGCAAACAACGCCCCGAUCAUCGGGUUUUACUUUACUCCGAUGAUAGCUCUAUCCUGCACCUCCAUCGUGUGCACCGUAGCUGUACUGGGCUUGUUUUACCGGGACAAUCGCCGACCCAUCCCCCGCUGGGUUGUAUACAUCGUGUUUGGUAUCCUCUCCAGGCUAGUAUGUCACCGUACCUCGGGCGAAAUCGCGCCAACCAUCUCUAAAUCUCGGCGUGGAGAGAGUUCCCUCACGCGAGAGCCAGAAAACGUGGAGUCAACGUAUGACUUGACCGACUUGUCCGGAAACUUGACCGAGAACGUGCGGGAAUCCUCGCCGGCCAAGUCGCUCCUCCGCCAGGCAGGGGACUGGGACGAGACCCGCUGCAGACCCUACGACGCCACCAAGCAGCUGUGCACGGUGUCCCACUCGAAGACACACGAUUCGCCCGUCAUGAGAGCCAGAAAGCGCGUGUGUGAUGGCGAGUCUGAGACUCGACUGAAACGGCACCAGACUCGUCCGUUGCCAAGCAGCCAUACUUGGCGGGAAGUAGCAGUAGUGAUCGACAGAACAGCUCUCAUGCUGUCUCUGCUUAUAACUCUGUGUUCAAUUGUAACUUGUGUGGUCUCGUUCAUAAUUAGUUUUCAUUCUGAGUAACAUGGAAUGUAACUUGCGAUUUCACCAUUAAAUUAUAAACCUAUUGCAGCAGUUAAACAAAAUUCAUUCUUGGCUGUAAAUGAGAAAAACGGUCAAGCAGGGCACUUGUUACGGAAAGUUGCAGGCAGUAUGCAAUUCGUUUGCGUGGACCCAUUUUUUUCAGCAACAAUACGCCGAGUUCCCGGCUUGAGUCACUUCGUUUUAAAACCCAGAGUGUGAGACAUUUUCAUGUCGCAAUUUCUCUGAGCAAUCCCCUAGGGAAGAUUGAUUUAUACAAUUUAAUAUACAGUUGUAUCAUUA